AUGAAGCACACCGCCACUCGCGAUCUUGUUCGUAUCGCUGGGUACGAAGAUGAGUACCAAGGUGCACAUCAUGUACGCAUGUUUCUCUGCCGUGCCCACUACGAUGCAGUCAAGUCACAACAACCCCUCCGUCAGACGCGGCCUGGGCCUCGGGCUGCCGGUAAAGAGGCGGAAGAGGCUCUCUCGUCUUAUUUCUCCCCCGCCCGACCUUGCAUCGCAAGCAAGGCACUGCUACCACAUGCUGGCACCUGA